AUGGCGCUGCGGCCCGGGCCCGGCGCGGGGGGCGCCGGCGGGGCGGGCGGCGGAGCGGCCGGGGCCGCCAGCUUCAUGUUUCCUGUCGCAGGUGGUUUGGGCCCCCCUCAAGGGAUGAUUCCUAUGCAACAGCAAGGAUUUCCAAUGGUUCCUGUCAUGCAGACCAAUAUGCCAGGGAUGAUGGGAAUGAAUUAUGGUUCUCAGAUGCCUCCUGGACCCAUGACCAUGCAGGGUGGGAUGCCCUUGGGGCCGAUGCCAGCAGCUGGAAUGCCGUACAUGGGACAGGCAUCUUUCCUGGGAAUGCGCCCAGCUGCCCCCCAGUACACCCCUGACAUGCAGAAGCAGUUUGCAGAGGAACAACAGAAGAGGUUUGAGCACCAGCAGAAGUUCUUGGAAGAAGAAAGAAAACGGCGGCAGUUUGAAGAGCAGAAACAAAAGCUGAGACUCCUGAGCAGUGUGAAACCCAAGACAGGUGAGAAAAGCAGAGAUGAUGCCUUGGAAGCCAUUAAAGGAAAUUUAGAUGGUUUUUCUAGAGACGCUAAAAUGCACCCAACACCAGCAGCACAUCCAAAAAAGCCAGAUCAUCCCACACCAUCCCAUCCCGCUGUAUCUGUUUCCCAUUCUGCUUUUCCCGAUGAUGAAGAAUUUAGUGACUUUAUACAAGGGCCUGUUGAGAUCCCCAAACUGGUGCCUCAACCCACCUCUCAGCCUUUCCAGCCUUUCCAUCCUGCCACUGAGGCUGGGCAGCUGCUUUCAGAAAAGGCUGUGCUCCAACCUCUCCCUCCAGCCCAGACUCCAGUGUUAUCCACCCUGCAUGGUACAACUGGGCAGGUUCCUUAUUUUCCAACCUCUGCAUCUUCACCCAGUAUCCAUAAAACAGGCUCUUCCUUGGAGGAGAAAGUCUUAGCUAAUGGCUCAAAUGAAUCUGAACAGGAGCAAACCAAACCUAAAACGUCCGAAGUUGGGCACAAAGCCUCGGCUGCAAGCCAAGCUCAUCCCAGUCUAACCAGCAGUGACUGGGAUGUUGCAGGUGGACAGGAAACUGGUCCCACUGCUGCAGAGGUGCACAAGGCUUCAGAACAAAACAGAGCAGUUGAAGAGUGUGGAGUUGGAGUGUUCCCUUCCCAGGACCCAAUUCAGCAAAUGAUGCCUCCUUGGAUUUACAAUGACAACUUGGUGCCAGAGCUGUAUAAGAAAAUCUUAGAAACCACUCUGACUCCUGCUGGAAUAGAUACAGCCAAGCUCUACCCCAUACUGAUGUCGUCUGGGCUGCCCAGGGAGACCCUGGGGCAGAUCUGGGCCUUGGCCAACCGCACGACCCCCGGGAAGCUCACCAAGGAGGAGCUGUACACCGUGCUGGCCAUGAUUGCUGUCACACAGAGAGGAAUUCCUGCAGUGAGUCCCGACGUGCUGAACCAGUUUCCCGCCGCGCCCGUUCCCACCCUGUCCGGGUUCCCCGUGGCCCUGCCCGCCGUGAGCCAGCCCCCGCUGCUGCCCCCGGCCCCGCCAGGCUCCGUGCCCUCCGUGCCCCUCGGCAUCGGGCCCCCCGUGAUGGGCAUGGGCAUCCCGGCACCGGCGCCAGCCCCGGCGGGAGGAGCUGCAGCUCAGCCUUCCGGAGCCUUCCUGCCCUCCUACCCGCCCGGCCAGGUAGUAAAACCAGAAGAUGAUGACUUCCAGGAGUUUCAAGAUGCUUCAAAGUCUGGCUCCCUGGAUGAUUCUUUCACUGAUUUCCAAGGGGAUGUAGCUGGUUCCUCCAAAGCAGCCAGUUCCCAGCACCGGAGCAGUGUUCCUUCCUUACUAAUGCCACUCCCAGGUAAUAAGCCGCUCUCACCAGCUGAUAAAUACGCUGUGUUUAAAGGAAUGGCAGCUGAGAAACCUUCUGAGACUGCAGCUGCUUUUGGAGAUGGAGGGGACAAGUACAGCGCUUUCCGGGAAUUAGAGCAGCCAGCAGAGAGCAAAUAUUUAGUCCCAGGAGAUAACCUUGCAGAGUUCAAGCCCACAGGAGUCGAUGAUGGUUUCACAGAUUUCAAAACCGCUGACAGUAUCUCACCAUUAGAGCCACCCACAAAAGACAAAACCUUCCCUGCACCCUUCCCUCCUCUGCCUGCUCAGCCAAAACAGCAAACACAAGCCAAGACCCCUUUGAAUCUGGCAGACUUGGAUCUCUUUUCCUCUCCUGGAGAAAACAAGCAGCCAUCCUUUCCACCUGCAUUCAACACCUCAAAACCGGGCUCCUUUCCCCCACCGCCCCUUCCAGCCACCACUGCCCAGCCAGCACCCAGCAAAACUUCCAGCUUAGCUGACGACUUUGGAGAGUUCAACCUUUUUGGGGAAUUUUCUAACGGCGCCUCAGCCAGUGGACAAGAUGACUUUGCAGACUUUAUGGCUUUCAACAACAACGGCGGAUUUGCCGAGCAAAAACCGGAUGACAAAUACAAUGCACUUAAGCUGGAGGCCGGUCCUGUUCCUCAGGCUGGCUCGUCUGCCAGCACAGUGAAGGGUGGGCAGAGUUCUGCCACCACUGCUACGCCCACCAAAUAUGACAUCUUCAAACAGCUGUCUCUGGAAGGCUCCGGAGCGGGCUUCGAGGAGGCGAAGGACAGCGCGCUCUCCUCGGUGAAGAGCGACGAUGAUUUUGCUGACUUCCACUCCAACAAGUUUUCUUCCACGGGCAGCAGCGUGGAUAAGUCACUGGUGGACAAAGUGGCAGCUUUCAAGCAGGCCAAAGAAGACUCUGCUUCGGUGAAGUCCCUGGAUCUGCCGUCCAUCGGCGGCAGCAGCGUGGGCAAGGAGGAUUCCGAAGACGCGCUGUCUGUUCAGUUUGACAUGAAACUGGCUGAUGUGGGAGGAGAUCUUAAGCAUGUCAUGUCUGAUAGCUCUUUGGAUUUGCCAACAGUUAGUGGCCAGCAUCCACCAGCAGCAGAUAUCGAUGACCUAAAAUGUGCCCCGUUUGGAAGCUGCACCAGUGGCUCUGCAGUCAGCAGCCUGGCGAGCUCCGACUGGUCCGACAGAGACGACGUCCAGCAGGGCAAGAGGCUCUCCUGCUUCGCCCAGCCCUCGGGAAGCGGAUCCUCCGCGGCCACUUCUGUCCUCCAGAAGAAGGAGACCUUGUUUGGCAGCUCAGAAAACAUCACCAUGACAACAGUUUCCAAAGUGACAACCUUUUCCAGCGAGGAUGCCUUACAGGAUGUUUCCUUUGCAGCCUUUGCAAACUUUAAAGACUCCGGACCAAUCUCCGGCGGGCCAAGCGACGAUGACAUCGCAGACUUCGGGGAUUUUGCAAGACCUUCCUCGGAAGCUCAGGGUGCAGCAGCAGCUGACACAGCCCAGGAGGCAGAUUUCCUGGCUGGCGGCGUCUCCUCUGAGCUGCGAAGGGAAUCCACAGAUGACUUUGGAGAAUUCCAAAGCGAGAAGCCAAAAAUCAGCAAGUUUGACUUCUUGGUGGCGACUUCCCAAGGCAAGGUGAAAUCCAGUGAGGAGAUGAUCAGGAGCGAGCUGGCUACCUUUGACCUGUCUGUGCAAGGGUCUCAUAAAAGGAGCCUCAGCCUGGGUGACAGGGAGAUAAGUCGCUCCUCACCUUUGCCAGCCCUGGAACAGCCGUUCAGGGAUCGGUCGAACACUCUGAGCGAGAAGCCGGCACUGCCCGUCAUCAGAGACAAGUACAAGGACCUGACUGGGGAGGUCGAGGAAAGUGAGAGGUAUGCCUAUGAGUGGCAGAGGUGCCUGGAGAGUGCCCUGCAGGUCAUAAAGAAAGCAAACGACACCUUAAAUGGAAUAAGUAGCUCAUCUGUUUGCACUGAAGUUAUCCAGUCUGCCCAAGGCAUGGAAUAUUUACUGGGGGUUGUGGAAGUCUACAGAGUGACAAAGAGAGUGGAACUGGGCAUCAAAGCAACUGCUGUUUGCAGUGAGAAGCUCCAGCAGCUGCUGAAGGAUAUUGAUAAAGUGUGGAACAACCUGAUCAGCUUCAUGUCACUCGCUGCUUUAACGCCAGAUGAAAACUCCCUGGAUUUCUCUUCCUGCAUGCUGCGCCCAGGGAUUAAAAAUGCCCAGGAUCUGGCCUGUGGAGUGUGUCUCCUAAACGUGGAUUCCAGAAGUAAAAAAGAAGAGAAACCUGUGGAAGAGCUUCCUAAAAAAGCCUUUAAUUCCGAGACAGAUAACUUUAAGCUGGCCUAUGGAGGGCACCAGUACCACGCCAGCUGUGCCAACUUCUGGAUCAACUGUGUGGAGCCCAAACCUCCAGGUCUCAUCCUGCCAGACCUGCUCUGAAAGCAGCUGCACUGAAGGUGGAGCUUUGGGUCUAACAAUGCAGGACUUGGGGUAACUGGUGGGGUGGAGUAAGUGGAGAGGCUGGAGUUGGGCUCAGGAUUUGAAAUGUUUGGGGUUGAGUUUUGGACUGUAACAGGUUAAAGCCACUGCCACGGACAGUGAAGAAUUCACUUGAAAUGGCCACGGGUUCAGAAAUAACCAGAAAAAAAUGUAUGGAAAAAAAAAUGUGGCAUUUCAGACUUUCUCAACAUGAAAACAUGUUAAUCUGUGUAAAAGCAGCCUGGUAGCCACCAUAAACCUGGGAGAAGCCAGCACUGAGCCUCCCAAAGAACCUGGAACCUGGGCUGAUUUGCAUAGAAGUGACCAUUAAGUCCUUGGAGUCUGUAUUUGUAAGCAGAUCUUCUCUUAAACGUGUUUGGGGUAUGGACCAUGAUGUUGUUCUUCAGAUAUUUGCUGCUGUGAUAUCAGAGCACAUGAGUCACAGCAUCGAGGCAAAAUGAAUUAUGGACUCAAAGGAAUGAGACUGGAGGGCUGCUGUGGAUUUACACCUCCAGUGCUCUGUGCUGGGAGUUGUUCUGUGAGCAGAACUGGUUGGUGCUGGGGGGUAAGGACUGGAAAACUGUUGAAAUUUUCCCUGUAAUAUCUGGAUUCUGUAGUACAGGCAGCUGGAGUUUAAAACUUGCAGCUUUGUUGUAAAUACAGAUAAACUUCCCUGGAGUUGUCCUGAACUCCAGGUGUGAUUUAUGUUUCUCCUGACCCUUUGGUAGCUGUGUGGCUGCAGCUCUGGUGAAAACUGGACCCUGCUGGUGCAGCACAUCUGCUCCUGUGUAGAUACCUUCCCUUUUUUGGAUGCUGAGAUGCUUUUCCUGAUGGGAUGCCUGUGUGUGGCUCGUGCAGUCUGGUGCUACCUGUAGUAACAUGUUUCUGUGACUCAGAGCUGGCAGCACGAGGUGGCCCUUGGCUCCUGUGACAGGGAGUGGGAUUUAACACCCAAAGGGAUUUAACACUGGAAGCUGGGGGUCUUAGCAAGCUGGUGUUUGGGGCAGGGCGUUGUCUCCCUGCUGGUUUGUGGUUUAUGGCAGGUACUCACCUCUCUGAAUAGGAGGUUUGUAUUAUUUUGUCACAAAAUAUUACCUGUAACAUCUAAAGUACCUGAUUCUUCCUUCAGAUCCAAUAUCCAGGGGACAGUGCAGUGCUAUUACAGGAUUUCAAACCAAGUGGGAGCUUCAUUGCAUUAUGAGAGACUUACCACUCUCCAGUCUGGGUCUGCAGGGAAUGCAGUGGGGUGUAAAUCCAUUGGGUACAACUUUCUCCUUAAUUCUUUGACUUAAAUUCCUCAGAUCUCUCCCUUCUCCCCAGAGAUAUCAACAGCUUUUCCAAGUUAAUCUUGCCUCCAUUAGAAGUACCUGACACUGGCCUGUGGUUAUUUGCCGAAACAGAGAUCACAGUGAGGAAAACGAUGCUUCGUAUUUAAAAAACAAGCAAGCUUAGUUAUACUAAACUAUUAAUUAGCCCAAAUGAAAGAAUCUUGGCUCGGAGGUGUCUGGCUCCUCAUUUACACCAAUUACAGUAAAUCUUGCAGCCUCAAAUUAACUCAUUCACAAAAUAAAGCAACGUGUGCCUCCAGUCACAAACUCCGGCUAAUCCAGCAGCAGAUUUUCCACGGUGUGACAGGGACUGCCCACAUCCUUUCCCUUGGCUAGACGGGAUUUUCUUUUUCCCCCUAAUUAAAAGAGGAUGCCAAAAAUAAGAGGCCACAGUGUGAAACUUAAAUCACCAGCUGUGUUGUCACAGAAGCAUUUCUCAGUGGUGGUUUUCCUGUGCUUGUUACCAGGUCAGUCCCCUCCCCGAGCUGUGUCCGUCGUGUCUUUUGGCCCAUAAAAAUAAGGAAUGGGUGUUUGCAAUUCCAGCUGCAGCAGAGCUCACUGAGGGAUGACACUGCUGCUCUCCUCCUGCUCCCACGGGAGGGACAGCACAGGCACCGUCCCUGCCUCUGUGGAAGCAGGAAGUGUUCUGUUCCCAGCACCUUCCUGUCGUGGGAACACAUGGAAUGUUUGCAUGGAGAUCCCCCCAUAAAGGCACUGCAGAGCAAGGAUCAGCUCCCUGAUCCCAGUGACUCACUGGAGCACUCGGCAUCCUCUCGGAUGUUGCUGCCAGGCAAAGCCCAGUGUCCUUCCAAGCUGUAUCCAAGGUGACAGGAUUGUCCCAGCCCACCUUCCCCACACCCCUCCUGUGCAGGGGCACCUGGACACGCUGCCUUUCCUUUGGCUCUGUGCAAUUUCAGACCUGUGACUCCUUUUCCUGCAUGGAUUCUGUCUCUGGAAAAGGGAAACGGGAUUUUUCUUUGGUUUUUUAAUGUCUGUGUUUUCUGGAGCUGCCUUGGGAAGUGGAUACCUGUGGAAAGUGGGUUUUCUGUCUCUGUAUAUUUGGAGUUCUAAGGGAUUAUUAGCCUGGUAUUUAAUGCAUUUAUGGCUUUUCCCCAUUGUAUCCCUGGUGCUUCCACGCUGUGACCAUGGUGGCAGCUUUUCCCUGGUGCUGGGAGUGCUGGGGGCUGCUCCAGCCCCUUCCCUGCCCCUCCAUCCCCGUGCUUGGGUGUGAAUUCCUGGGUACCUGCCCACCUCAGAGGUCACCUGUGGCCUGGGAAUUGUCACCUCAUGCACUGACCAUUCCAGUGACUUUCCCUCCUUGGCAGCAGCUUUUUCUUUACUGGGUUUGGUCUCAGCAGCUCCUUCCCUGAAGUCUGUGCAGGGUUUGUGAGUGAGUGAAGUUCAGGCUCAGGUGGAGCAGGAGCUCAUGGAAACCCUCGGAAUGCUCAGAGUUCCUCAGCUACAUUGGGAAUUAAUUAAACUUGAAGCAAAACCUGCCUUUCCAAUAAAAGCUGCUGUUGUACAAACUGCUGCUUCGGGUUUAUUUUUAAUUUUGGACCUGUAUUUAAUUCCAGUUCUCAGCGUUAAAAUAUGAAUGUCGUAAUUCUGUGAAGUGAUCAGAAAACUUCACUUUAUAUUGUAAUUCUUCUCCUGCCCUCUGGGCAAACAUUAUUUCUCUUCCAGAAGUGGUUUUGUGAUUAUUAGUCGGAGCUGUUUGGGUUUGUUCUAUGCUGGAGUCACAGCUGGUAUUUUAAAUCCCAUGAGAAUAAGUGUUAUUAAUUGACUUUAGUACCUUGUUUACUCCCUUGAUUCCUGCAAUGAUUUAUAAAUCCUGUGUUGAGAUUCAAACCUUGUGUUCAAUAAAGAGCUCGUUUUGUAUCUGA